AUGUCCGAGGUAAACGGAAAAACAGCAGGUAAGACAGGUGACAACUGUGAUGGAAAAUCCGGAGAUCAACUCCCGAAAGAUACCGAAAUCCCCCCACCUAACCCCUCUUGCUCGUAUACCAAACCUCCCCUCGAUAAGCAUGACCCAAAGACCGUAAUCGCGUACGAACCGAAUAGUUGUCGGACCUGCUACAAGGCCGAUAACAGCCUUAUGGUCCAGUGUGAUUCGUGUGACGAUUGGCAUCAUUUCGUGUGUGUAGGAGUGACCCAGGAGGUCGAACAGAAUAGCUGGAAUUGCUGUAAAUGCGUAACCGCGGCGGCGAACCAGAAGAAAUCGAGCUCGAAAUUGGAAUCUCUGAAGACGAAGAAGGCCAAGAAAGUCAGCACGAAGGCGAAGGAGAAGAAGUCGUACAAACCGGCGGCUAGGCGUUCCGGGGACAAGAAGAAGGCGAAGAAGACGGACGAGGUGACUGCGGGUGUCAAACAGCGAAGUCAGGCGGGUGAGCAAGAUGUUGGAGCGAUGCAAACUAGCCAAAAGCUGGAGGUCGUUUCAAGAUCGGUGAAGGAGACGACGGCGAACGGAAGAAAGGAUGCGAAAUCAGUGAAAUCAACAUCGUCGCGAAGGUCGGAGCGAAUGGUGCUGGAAGUGCAGUUGAAGAAACUGGAAGCGGAAGAGACUCUAAUGGAAGAGGAAAUGAAGCGGAAGCGGGAAUUGCUGCAGAAGAAGUUCAGUUUGCUUGAGGAAAUUGCCGAAGCUGAGUCGCGCCGAAGUGUUCGUUCUAGUGUUGCCGGUGAUCAGCAAGACCCAGCGGAGAAGGUGUCGUCAUGGUUGAAGGACCAAAGGACGGACGAAAGCUCGCGAUCCAGCAGUGCAGGGUCGUCAAGCAGCGAGGAAACGAGCAGCGAUGAAGAAACCAGCGAAGCAGAUUCGUCCACAGAGUCGUCGGAGGAUGAAAACGAGGACAGCACAGAACGGUUCAAGCCAAAUAAGCAGUCAACUCCUAAAAGUUCGAAACGACCCAAACCAACAUCGGAGAUUCGUGAUAGAUCAUCAGCAGAGCGUGCGGGACUCACACCGGAACAGAUAGCUGCCCGGCAAGUCGUUUCACGAGAUCUGCCCAGAUUCAGCGGAAAUCCUGAGGAGUGGCCGAUGUUCUUGUCAACAUACGAGAGUACAACGAGAAUGUGCGGCUAUAGGGAUGAGGAGAACAUGAUCCGGUUGCGGAAUUGCUUGAAAGACGAUGCUCUCAACACUGUCCGCAGUUUCCUCAUGCUUCCCUCCACGGUUCCGAAGGCAAUUAGUGCGCUGAAGCUACGUUUUGGACAGCCUCAAGCUAUCAUCAACACAUUGAGAGCGAAGGUACUUGGAAUGCCGUCUAUCAAGGCCGACGCGAUGGACAAACUGAUCGAACAUGCGUUGGCGGUGCAGAAUUUGUGCAGCACAAUCGACGCCUGCGGAAGGAAGGAGUACAAGCGGGACGUGACUCUGCUGAACGAGCUCGUCGGAAAGCUGCCACCUUCUCUCAAACUCGAUUGGGCGAGGCAUCAGAGGACGUUGAAGAAGAUCAACUUGUUCACCUACAGCAAAUGGAUCUAUUCUGUAGCCGAGGAUGCCUGCUUGGUUUGCGGAACCCAACCGACGGAGAAGAACCAGGAACUUCACAGCAAGCCGAAAAGCAAGGCGUUUUUGAAUACUCAUUCCAACUAUUCGUCUUCAGAAGUUUCAAAACAGAAGCCAUCGGAGUUCCAGAGUCGAAACAGCCAGCCGGAAAGAAAGUAUAGCGAGGCCGGCGCUACCAAAUGUUGUGCAGUCUGUAAGGGAAGUUGCAAGAACGCUGGAAAGUGUCCAAGAUUUUUGGAAUUAUCGUAUGAAGCGAGAUGGGCGACUGUACGUGAACUUCGAAUGUGCCGCAGGUGCCUCAGACCACAUGGUGGAAAGUGCGACGCUAAGCCUUGUGGGAAGAAUAAUUGCACCUUCAAACACCAUGAACUGCUCCAUAAGGACCUCACCGCUACAGGGCCCAGCAACAAUACGAGUCGGCCAACGCAAGAAGAAACAAAUGUAAACACUCAUCUGUCGAGCUCCGGAGUAAGAAUGUUCCGCUAUCUACCGGUUACGUUGUUCGGGGCCAAGAAACAGAUCGAAUGCUAUGCAUUUCUGGACGAUGGUUCGGAGUUAACGUUGAUGGACCAAGGAUUAGCAGAGGAUUUGGAAGUAGCAGGUAAAUCUGCACCACUCUGCCUGAAGUGGACCGGUGGAACUCAUCGUUUCGAAGCGGAAUCUCUGAGCGUUGAUGUUGUCCUAAGCGGGCAAACCGGUAGAAAGUAUACGCUAAAUGACGUACGUACAGUUGGAGAUUUGCAGUUGCCGGCCCAGUCUCUCGACGUGGAUAUCCUGAGGGAAAACUUCCCGUAUCUUCGUGACCUUCCGAUCGCUUCCUAUAAGAACGCUCGUCCACGAAUUCUGAUAGGGGUGAAACAUGCCAGAGUGGCACUCGUACGCAACAGUCGUGAGGGCAAGGAAGGAGAACCAAUCGCCGUUAAGACGCUCCUUGGGUGGACGAUAUACGGUAGCUGCCGCCGCCCCGACUCAAGCAAUGUGGUGCAUCGAACUUACCACAUUUGCGAGUGCAGCUCGCGCGCUGAUGCAGAUUUGCAUCGUGACGUGAAGAAUUUCUUCAGCCUGGAAGCUCUGGGAAUCUCAAAGCUGGAGAAGAACUGCGUGUCAAGUGAGAAUGAACGUGCCCAAGCUCUAUUGCGGUCGUUGACACGCUUGGACGGAAGCCGAUAUGAGACGGGACUGUUAUGGCGUUAUGAGAAGAUUCGUUUACCGGAUAGCAAGCUGAUGGCGUUACAGCGGUACAAUUGUUUGGAGAAGCGAAUGGAACGGGAUCCAAAAUUGGCAUGUGUCCUACGCGAGAAGAUCACCGAUUAUUUGGCUAAGGAUUACAUUCGAAAGCUGUCGACCGAAGAGCUUGAGGGAAAGCAGCAACGAGUGUGGUAUCUGCCAAUUUUCCCUGUUGUCAACCAAAACAAGCCCGGAAAGGUGCGCAUAGUCUGGGACGCAGCAGCGGCUGUUCAUGGUGUAUCGUUGAAUUCGGCGCUACUAACAGGACCAGAUGAGCUUACUUCUCUGCCAGCUGUACUGUGUCAGUUUCGUAAAUAUCGAGUUGGAAUUUGCGGCGAUAUCCGCGAAAUGUUCCACCAAGUUCGAAUGCGACCGGUGGACCAACAUUGUCAGCGAUUUUUCUGGCGGGACAGCGCUAACGAGGAGCCAAGCACUUACGUUAUGAAAGUUAUGACUUUCGGUGCUUGCUGUUCUCCAAGUACCGCUCAGUUCGUGAAGAACCAAAACGCGGAAAGAUUCCAAGGGCAGCACCCGGCAGCAGUCGAAGCAAUUAUCAAAAAACAUUAUGUGGAUGACAUGCUGGCAAGUGAAGAGACGGAAGAAGCUGCCAUCGAGCUAGCGAAGUCAGUACGGUAUGUUCACGCGGAAGGAGGGUUUCAAAUAAGAAACUGGAUAUCAAAUUCUCAGCGAGUUCUGGCAGCGUUGCAAGACGGAGGAGUUCCGCAGAAGAACCUGGAUUUGGCAGCGGAGAUGGGGACAGAGAAGGUGUUAGGAAUGUGGUGGGACACGGCGAAGGACUGCUUCACUUUCAAGAUGUCUAAGACUCGUUUCGACGAAGCGCUGCUGAAUGGAACGCGUCGACCAACAAAGAAUGAGGUACUCCGUGUUCUGAUGACAGUUUUCGAUCCAUUAGGACUCAUAUCAAACUACCUUAUGCUCCUAAAAAUCGUUCUUCAAGAAGUCUGGCGCUCUGGAGUUCAGUGGGGACAGCUGAUUAAGGACAAGCAGUUCGAGGCGUGGAUAGCUUGGAUAAAACUUCUUCCACUACUGGAGGAAGUUAGUCUACCGCGUUGCUAUCGUCAAGUAACGUCAGCUAGCCAAGAUACGGACGUACAAUUGCACGUGUUUGUAGACGCUAGCGAGAAUGGUAUGGCUGCCGCCGUGUAUCUGCGCUUCGAAGAAGCAGGAAAAACGGAAUGCACCUUGGUUUGUGCCAAGACCCGAGUUGCGCCGCUGAAAUACCUUUCCAUCCCUCGAUUGGAGCUCACAGCAGCAGUAAUUGGAACGAGACUGGCUAACAGCAUGGUCCCAGAGUUAUCAUUGCCGAUAUCCAAACGUUUCUUCUGGUCGGACUCGAGAAAUGUUCUAUGCUGGUUGCAGUCGGAUCAUCGUAGGUACAGCCCAUUCGUAGCAGUACGUGUCAGCGAGAUUUUGGAAUCUACGGAAGACUAUGAAUGGAGAUGGGUUCCUUCCAAACUUAACGUGGCGGACGACGGGACUAAGUGGCAGCGACAACCGGAUUUGACCCCAACUAGCAGAUGGUUCAGAGGUCCGGAAUAUCUGUGGCAGCCGGAAGAAUUCUGGCCCCCAGUUGCGCAUAAAGGUGACGCCACAGACGAGGAACUCCGACCCAGCGUUCUAUUGCAUUACAACGCAUCCGAGCCACCGAUUCCCGCCAUCAACUUUUCAAGCUGGAACCGUCUUUUGCGUGUAACAGGUUACGUGAAACGCUUUGUAUCCAACUGCCGGCGUCGUGUAAGGAAGACUACUAUCGUUUCAGGACCAUUGUCCAGUGAAGAGUUACAACAAGCGGAAAUUCACCAGAUCCUAACAGCGCAGUACGACAUAUAUGCAGAUGAAAUGGAGCUCCUGAAGUUAAGCCGAAACCAAAAUCAACUGGCUCGUCAAAUCCCGAAGAGCAGUGUCCUCUACAAACUUAGUCCGUUCCUGGAUGCAAUGGGCGUUCUGAGGAUGAAAGGACGAGUCGACGCUUGCGAAUUUCUACUGGAAGAUGCUAAGAAUCCCGUUAUCUUGCCACGAGACCAUCCUGUUACACGAUUGGUUCUCAUACACUACCACGAAAAAUUCCAUCACAGAAACCAAAAAACCGUCCUGAACGAGGUUCGACAGCGCUUUUGCAUCUCGCGUUUGCGAGUAGCCCUCAAGAAAAUUAGAAGCGGCUGUCAGCGAUGCAAAAACCGAGACGCAGUUCCAAAACCACCGGAAAUGGCAGAUCUCCCGCUGGGUAGAUUGGCUGCUUAUACUCGUCCUUUCUCUCAUGUGGGAGUAGAUUACUUCGGUCCAAUUGAGGUCACUUUGGGAAGAAGGGUCGAGAAGAGGUGGGGGGUCUUAUUAACCUGUCUUACUGUCCGGGCUGUCCAUUUGGAGGUCGCCCACUCCUUGAGCACUAGUUCGUGCAUCAUGGCACUCCGGAACUUCAUUGUUCGACGAGGGACUCCGGUAUCGUUCUAUAGCGAUAGGGGUUCAAACUUUAUUGGAGCGGAUAGAGAGUUGCGAGAAGCACUUCAGUCCGUAGAUCAGGAGACGAUCACGCAAGAGUUCACCAGCCCACAGACGUCUUGGUGUUUCAACCCGCCUGCUUCACCGCACAUGGGUGGUAGCUGGGAACGAUUGAUCCAAAGUGUGAAGAAGAAUUUAGGAGAGAUCGUUGGAAGCAGGCGUCCCAGUGAUGAAGAACUACGCAACGCGCUCAUCGAAGUCGAGGGAGUGCUGAAUGCUCGGCCGCUGACAGACAUUCCAGUGGACGACGAAUCUGCGCCGGCCCUUACGCCAAAUCAUUUUUUACUCGGAUCAUCGGAUGGGUCAAAACCGUUGACAUUGUGCAGCGAUAGCGCAGAGGUUAGGCGGCACGGUCAUGAGCUUUCUCAGGUAAUGGCUAAUCGCUUCUGGCAACGAUGGCUACAGGAGUACCUUCCUGAAAUCACUAGACGCACUAAAUGGUAUCAGAAGGUGAAGGCGAUUGAAGUCGGGGACAUAGUGGUAAUUACAGAUCCAGAACACCCAAGGAACUGCUGGCCGAAGGGCCGCGUAAUCGGGACAGUCAACCGGAACGGACAAGUGCGGAGAGCCACGGUGCAGACGGCGAAGGGGAUCUACGAAAGACCAGCCGUUAAGUUAGCGGUUCUCGACGUGAAGAGCGUAGCGGAGUAA